AAAUGUUGUAUUUUCAAAAAAAUCAUUCUUCUUUGAAUCAAAUAAUACAGUUUUUUAAAUAGAAAAGAUUGAUUUUUAACGAAAAAUUUAAAAGUAGACUUUUUGUAUUGAGCUAUCUUAAUUUAGUUCGCAUUCAAGUGGAAAAAUGAGAAAAAGGGGAAAGCUUGUGAAGCUUUCUUGAAGAAUUUUAUGACACUAUUAUAUGGUUUCUUUUGUUAAUACAACAAUCCAGAGCAUAAAACGUAGUUAGGAAUGAUUUAAUAAAAACUGUAUUACGCACGCAUGAAUAUAAUUAAUUGAUCAUAGGAUCUAUGAUGAGUCGAGCAUUUUCUUUGUACUGCCCAAGAUAAUUUUCGUCUCAAAGGGAGCACACAAAUGAUGAUAAAUUUGAACGCGAUUGCAAAUUCAACUCCAUGACGAAGAAAUUUACUGGAGCGCGUUGACAAUAAAUCACGUGCACGCGAUACACUUUGGUAUAAAAGCAAAAAAAUUUGGAAAACGUGCUCAUGUCCGUUGUUUCUUCUCAAGUGUCUUGAUUUGUUGUUGGUGCCAUGUGUCGUGACAAAUAUACAUUUUAAAGUUUCGGAACAUGAUCAAUAUCUGCGGUAAAUAUGCAUUCUGGAUAAUCUUACUGGUGGCUUCCGGAAUAAAAAAAAUUCCAGGAAAAAUGCAACUGGAGGAGUCUUAUUCGCCAAAUGUUUCAGAAAAGAUGAAAUUAUACCCAAUAUUCGCUCCAGCUCUACCCAUCUGUAGAAAUUCAAAUUUUAUUAAGCAGCCUUAUUUUUGUCAUUUGGUGAACCGGUUCGAAAAUAUUCCACGCAUUUCAAGCGAUCUUCCGUUUUUGCCUUCCCAAGAUUAUUCGGCUAAAACACCGAUUAAUCGACAGGCAAGAAGUUAUUAUGGCUCUUAUGGGCAUGGAGGAGCUCCAGCUACUCCCACUUAUUAUCCAGCUUUUGAUCCGAUUAGCGUGCUUGCCUCGCUGGCAUUCUUAGCGUUUUUAUUGCAAUCUUUUGCCUCGCUAUUUGAUAGAUCAAGAUCUAUUAUUCCAACAAUUGUGAGCAGUAGUAGAGAUUCAUCUUCAGAAUUAGAAGAUGACAUAGAAGAACGAGUAAUGCGUGCUUUAGACGAAUAUGCCGCCUUAGAAAAUAAUUUACUAAAAGAAAAGAAGGAAGUCACGACGACAGAAACUGAAUCAAAACGAUGAAUCCCAAAAAUGUACUCAGCAAGAAUGACUGAAAAUAUUUUAUU